GCGGAGUGUACACAAAAAAGGAAAGACUUUCUUUUCAGCCAGCUGCAGCAGUUGCAAGCACAACAACGAGCGCUGGGGCUGCAGAGAAGCAAAACAAAUUUUAUUCGACACUUCAACGAAAUAAGCACACAUUUUUAAACUGUCUUAACUGUUACAAACAACUAAAAUACAAAAUUGCUCAAAAUUUGAGUGCAAAUAAAAAGCGCAUUUUGGCGCGUAUGUGUGCAGAAUAAAGUGCAAUAGAAGAGAAAAGAAAAAUUGAUUUUUAACCAGUGUCAAGUGCCAACAACAACAAAAACAACAACAACCAGAGAUAAACCAGCAACAGCAACAAAAUGGUGCAAAAAUUCCAAUCGCCCGUACGCGUCUACAAAUAUCCCUUUGAGCUCGUUAUGAAGGCCUACGAGCGUCGCUUUCCGAAAUGCCCCCAAAUGCCCAUUGUCCUGGACUGCGAAAUCAUCAAGGACGAGUGCCUGGAGAAUGGCGCCAAGCGGAAUACAAGUCGACGCUGCAAGCUGGCCGUCGAUGCGCCGUAUAUCUUUAAGAAAUUGAUUGGCGUCGACUUUGUGUACUUUCUGCAGCACAACUUUUUGGACAUGUCCAAUCGCACGCUGAGCAUCGAGGCGGUCAACGAGAGCUUCUCGUCGCGCAUUGAAAUCUUCGAGCGUUGCCGCUACUAUGCCCAUCCGGACAAUGCCGAUUGGACGUGCUUUGAUCAGACGGCCACGCUGGAUAUUAAGAACUUUUUCGGUUUCGAGCACUCAAUGGAGAAGAUGGGCAUGAAACAGUAUACACAAACGACGCUCAAGGGCAAGGAGAUAAUUGAGUAUUUCAUCAGCCAGCUCAAAGAGGAGGGCGUCACGCAUGUGGAGCGCUGGGUGCCGCCAUUGGAUGCACCCAAGUCGCCAACGACAGAACAGCAUCAUGACAUACUCCUUGAUGGAGAUUUUAUUGCACGCAAUUUGGGACAAUUAUCGCCCAUGCAGGAGUCCAAGCUGCUGGAGCUGCGAAAAAUGCUGGAUGGUGUCGAUGAUCUGGAGCGCAUGCCCAGUUAUCAGACCAUCUUGCGUUUCUUGUCAGCACGCGACUGGCACGUGAGCCAGGCCUAUGCCAUGCUCUGUGAUUCGCUCAAAUGGCGUCGCGAGCAUCGUAUCGAUUCACUGCUCGAGGAGUACCACAAGCCAGCCGUUGUGGUUGAUCAUUUUCCCGGCGGCUGGCAUCAUCACGACAAGGAUGGCCGGCCCAUAUACAUACUGCGUCUGGGUCACAUGGAUGUGAAGGGCUUGCUCAAGUCUCUAGGCAUGGAGGACUUGCUUAGAUUGGCUCUGCACAUUUGCGAGGAGGGCAUACAGAAGAUUAAUGAAUCAGCCGAGCGCUUGGAUAAGCCCGUGCUCAACUGGUCGCUCUUGGUCGAUCUGGAGGGUCUUUCCAUGCGUCAUUUGUGGCGGCCCGGCAUCAAGGCUCUGCUCUACAUCACCGAGACCGUGGAGCGCAAUUACCCGGAGACAAUGGGACGUGUUUUGGUGGUGCGUGCUCCGCGCGUAUUCCCCAUCGCCUGGACUAUUGUCAGCGCUUUCAUUGACGAACACACACGCUCAAAGUUCUUGUUCUAUGGCCCGGACUGUGAGCACAUGAAGGACGGACUCGCUCAGUAUAUUGAUGAGGAAAUUGUGCCCGAUUUUCUGGGCGGGCCCUGCAAGACCAUGAUACACGAGGGCGGCCUUGUGCCGAAGACGCUUUAUAAAAUGAGCUCUUUGGAGGAUCAUGAUGAUGAAACGCCCGUUGCUUCACGCGCCGCUUCCGCCUGCGUUGUUGACCUUCCCAAUGAGGGCAAGCGUUUGUCUGCCGCUCAUCAGCACGAUCAUAAAAAUCUCUAUAAGACAGUUGAGCUUAAGGCGGGCUUCACUCACGAACUGCUCAUACGCAACAUGGAUCCAAAGAGUGUGCUCACCUGGGACUUUGAUGUGUUACGCAACGAUUUGCACUUCACGCUCUAUCGCGUCACCGAAGAGCUGCCCGACAAGAAUGACUCGGCUGUAUCAUAUUUUGAUCUUCAGGACUUUGUCGAAGGUGUCAACUUUUUCAGAGAGGAACCAACGCUCAUCUGUCGACACAAAGAGAGCGUCCAGGGCUCUCAUGUGAUGCAUCACAAUGACAGCUAUCUAAUGCACUGGUUCAGUCCAUCCGGUGCACAGCUGAAUAUAUUCUACGAAGUGCUUAGCUCGGUUAACUACAAGGGCUCCAUGACCAGCUUGCAGUCUGCAUUCUCAUCGAACUCGUCGGCGGCCAGCUCCUGUCAGAGUCGAUGAUAUGAGCCGAAUGCGCAUAGUGGCGUUGACUCUCGGGCAACAACGUCGCCCGGCGCGCGGGGCGUCCAGGAGGAGCAGGUGGAUUUGGGACUAUUGUCGGGCACACUGAUGGAGAAGAGUUUGAAUCUAUUUGACACGCCGGAUAUAUUUUUUUAGGCCCAUAAAAUUGCAAUCUCGUUUAGUUUAAUUUAGCAAAAAGUUUAGUUUGGUUUUAAUUGUAUUUCGUAUUAGCACAAUUUUGACGUUUAAUUGUUUUGUCUAUUUAUCUGUUUAUUUUAUAGUAUAUCAA